UAAAUUUUUGUUUGACAAAUCUAAUUUAAGUCCAGAUUUGUUCAACAAACACCCCCAUCGUCUUUCACUCCCAGAUUUCUUCACCGGCUGCCGGCGGGCCAUCAAAACCCCCAAUUUCAAUCAAUCCCAUAAUAAUAAAUAUAGAUACAGAAAGUAUAUAUAUAUACAAAGAAAGGCGGAAACUUGAAUCAAUUUUCAAGAUUUUUAAGAUUCAGUAAAAUAGUGAAUUAUGGAAAGGGUGUUUAGUAAAGUUCGGAAUUUAGAUGCAUAUCCAAAAGUUAAUGAAGAUUUUUACAGCCGUACACUUUCUGGUGGUGUUAUUACUCUUGUUUCUUCCAUCGCCAUGUUUCUUCUUUUCUUUUCUGAAUUAGGAAUUUAUCUGCACACAGUUACCGAUUCAAAGCUUGUAGUCGACACUUCUAGAGGCGAAAAGCUACAUAUUAAUUUUGAUAUCACAUUUCCAGCUGUUUCAUGUACACUACUCAGUCUUGAUGCCAUGGAUAUCAGUGGCGAGCAACAUCUAGAUAUUAGACAUGAUAUAAUAAAGAAAAGAAUCGACUCUAGUGGAAAUGUUAUUGAAGAGAAAAAAGACGGGAUUGGUGGUCCUCAGAUUGAUAAGCCUUUACAAAGACAUGGUGGCAGACUUGAGCAUAAUGAAACGUAUUGUGGUUCAUGUUUUGGUGCAGAAGCGUCGGACGAUGAAUGCUGUAAUUCAUGUGAAGAGGUUCGUGAAGCAUAUCGAAGAAAAGGUUGGGGUUUGACUAAUCCGGAUUUGAUUGACCAGUGCAAACGAGAAGGUUUUGCCCAGAGGAUUAAAGAUGAAGAAGGGGAAGGAUGCAAUAUCUAUGGGUCUUUGGAGGUCAACAAAGUUGCCGGAAAUUUUCACUUCGUCAAAAGCUUUCAUCACGCAAGUAUAAACAUUCCUGAUUUGCUGGCUUUUCAAGAGGAUAGCUAUAAUAUAAGUCAUAAGAUUAAUAAGUUAUCUUUCGGAGAGCAUUAUCCGGGCAUCGUAAAUCCUCUUGAUGGGGUGCACUGGUUCCAGUCAACUCCAAAUGGAAUGUAUCAGUACUUCCUGAAGGUGGUACCAACCAUAUACACUAAUAUUAGAGGCUACACUAUUCAGUCAAAUCAGUUUUCCGUGACUGAACACUAUAAAAGCCCGGAAGUUGGCAGACGUUCUCUCCCUGGGGUGUUCUUCUUCUAUGACCUUUCUCCAAUUAAGGUGACAUUUGCAGAAACACACGCCUCAUUCCUACACUUCAUGACAAAUGUUUGUGCCAUUGUUGGAGGUAUCUUCACAGUUGCAGGGAUUGUAGAUUCGUUUAUUUAUCAUGGUCAUAAAGCUUUAAGGAAGAAAAUGGAAAUUGGAAAGUUGGGCUAAGUUUUCUACAUCAGCUGGUUGAUAUGAAGCAUGUUUGGGGCAAAUGCAGACGAGUCGUGGUCUUUUUGCAUUUCUAGUCAAAUUUUUAUUCUCGUCAAUAUAUUUGUAAUUUAGCGUUUUCUGACUAGUCGUCGGUAGUGCCCUGAACUCCAACAGGUUGUUGUGCUUGCUAAGUCAGAGAGUCGAACAGCAAUCAUUGACCUUGAUAUGUCAAGAGAAAAAAGAACAUGUAUCACCAACAAGUUUUUUUUGGAUCUAAGAUCCACUUUUAGAACCAUGGCAUUUGCAGCCUAA